CUCCUCUUUGUUUUCCCACUUCCCGAAAGCCAUACCUUUUCGUCCACCCCGGUAUGCUUUUUAUUCACAGAUCACAACUACUCUACUUCUACUGUUUAUUCAACUGAAGAUAACAUAUCUAGGGUUUCGUUCAUACUGAAAUUCCGGCUCAUCCAGUCCUGAAGAUGGGUGAUGUGAAGUUAGCCAAUAUGUGGCGUUUAACUUUGAAUGAGAAGAAGUUUAUCGAGACUGCUUUGCUUUCUGACCUCCGGAUUGACGGUCGUGGUCCAUUCGAAUGUCGUAAAUUAUCCAUAGAUUUUGGCAGAGAAGAUGGGUCAUCAGAGGUGCAGCUAGGCCAGACUCGCGUGAUGGGUUUUGUAAGUUCACAAUUAGUUCAACCUUAUCGGGACAGACCAAAUGAAGGGACACUUUCAAUUUUUACAGAGUUCUCUCCCAUGGCUGACCCCUCAUUCGAGCCAGGUCAUCCAGGAGAGUCUGCUGUGGAGUUGGGACGUGUAAUAGAUCGUGGGUUAAGGGAAAGCAGGGCAGUUGAUACGGAGUCACUUUGUGUUCUUGCUGGGAAGAUGGUAUGGGCAGUGCGUGUCGAUCUCCUUAUUGUUGAUAAUGGGGGGAAUCUUGUCGAUGCAGCCAAUAUCGCCGCUUUGGCUGCACUCCUGACAUUUCGGCUGCCAGCUUGCAUGCUUGGAGGAGAAGAUGGUCGGGAAGUGAUUGUGCAUUCACCUGAGGUCAAGGAGCCCAUUCCUUUAAUGAUACAUCAUCUUCCUAUAGCAGUAACUUUUGCAUUUCUGAGCAGUGAGAGCAUGGUGAUAGAUCCAACCCACCAGGAGGAGGCGGUUAUGGGAGGAAGAAUGACUGCUACACUUAACGCAAUUGGUGAUAUUUGUGCUAUUCAGAAAGCUGGAGGGGAGGGUGUGAUGCAGAGUGUUGUAAUGCAAUGUUUGCGGAUUGCUUCCAAGAAUGCCACUCUUAUAACAAAGAAGAUAAAUGAAGCAGUUGAAAAAUACAAUACUGAGAGAGCACUACGAAAGAUUAAACGCCACCCUGCUUCUAUUGGUUUGGAUGCUACUGGAGCUGGCGCUCAUUUUGGGUCGAGCCAAAACCAAUCAGCUGGAGACAAAGGAGAUAUUGAGAUUUCAAGGCACCAUUUGGCAAGAUUGAAUCCCUUAUCAAAGCAGAACAACACCAGCCAACAUGUUGAAGGUGAAACUAAGUCAUCUGAACAAAGUGGAACUAGUAGGAAGGAUGUUUGUGCCAUGAAUUUCUUUGGGGGACCCUCAAGUUGGGAUCCUUACUCAAAAGGUGCUGAUCCAGAGUUUUUGAAAGCUUCUUUAGCCUCACGGGGAAGUUCAAUACCCAAUGAAAAACAGAGUAACUUAAUAGGUGAAGAAAUACCUAGAGAGUCCAAACAAUCACUGGAAGAUACUGGGCCAGUUUCCUCGGUUAUUGAUACAUCACGGACUGAACAGCCUAUCAAUGUACAGAAAACUUUGAAGGAUGCUGUAAAGACUAAGAACAAGAGAAGAAAGGGGGCAUCAUCAACAGCAAGCUAGAGUGUUUUAUUUGCACGUAUAUCACUGAUCGAUGCUUUCUUUGGGAGCAAUUAACUAGUCAAGUUAACAGUUGAUGCUAUCAUGGAAUGCUGAACUUCAAAGCGCGAAGAUACAACUCUGCAACUGUAAUUCAUUCCUGAAGCAAAUGUGCUGACAUUACAUCUUACGAGGCAACUCCCUGUAGAUUAUUUAGAGAAACUUCUCAUUGCAAAGGUGUUUUUGGUGGAAGCAGAGUUACAUCUCAACGGGCAACUCUGUUGAAUUUGAGAUGAACUUUACAUCCUAAAUGUGUUUUUGGCGGAAACUGGAGUCUUGAAUCUUGAUGGAUGGUAGAAUGUAAUGUUGAUUUAUUUAUACUUUUUUGAAAAAGGUGGUUUUUAGAGGGAGCCUUUUCAUUUCCCUUUUCUUUUCAACACUAACUUGUAUGACAAGUUUGUUAUUCUAAAUCAGCUUUUCACUA